UCCAGAAAGGACGCGUGCUGUCGCCUCUCGCUCCUCUGAAGGUUCUGAGACUGGUCCGCGGCAGAACGUUUCAAGGCCCGGCGAAGAUGGCCUCGGUGCCGGUGUAUUGCCUCUGCCGGCUGCCUUACGAUGUGACCCGCUUCAUGAUCGAGUGUGACAUGUGCCAGGACUGGUUUCAUGGCAGUUGUGUUGGUGUUGAAGAGGAGAAGGCUGCUGAUAUUGACCUCUACCAUUGCCCCAACUGUGAGGUCUUACAUGGGCCCUCCAUUAUGAAAAAACGCCGUGUAUCUUCAAAAGGGCAUGAUACACACAAGGGGAAGCCAGUGAAGACUGGAAGCCCUACAUUCAUUCGAGAGCUCCGGAGUAGGACCUUUGACAGCUCAGAUGAAGUGAUUCUGAAGCCCACUGGAAGUCAACUGACUGUGGAAUUCCUGGAAGAGAAUAGCUUCAGUGUGCCCAUCCUAGUCUUGAAGAAGGAUGGAUUGGGGAUGACACUACCCUCACCAUCAUUCACUGUGAGGGAUGUGGAGCAUUAUGUUGGUUCUGACAAAGAGAUUGAUGUGAUUGAUGUGACCCGCCAGGCUGACUGCAAAAUGAAACUCGGUGAUUUUGUGAAAUAUUAUUACAGCGGGAAGAGAGAGAAAGUCCUCAAUGUCAUUAGUUUGGAAUUCUCCGAUACCAGGCUUUCUAAUCUUGUGGAGACACCCAAGAUUGUUCGGAAGCUCUCAUGGGUGGAGAAUUUGUGGCCGGAGGAGUGUAUCUUUGAGAGGCCCAAUGUGCAGAAGUACUGCCUCAUGAGCGUGCGGGAUAGCUAUACAGACUUUCACAUUGACUUUGGCGGCACCUCGGUCUGGUACCAUGUGCUCAAGGGUGAGAAGAUCUUCUACCUGAUCCGCCCAACAAAUGCCAACCUGACUCUCUUUGAGUGCUGGAGCAGCUCCUCUAACCAGGAUGAGAUGUUCUUUGGGGACCAGGUGGACAAGUGCUACAAGUGUUCUGUGAAGCAAGGACAGACACUUUUCAUUCCUACAGGAUGGAUCCAUGCUGUGCUGACUCCCGUGGACUGCCUUGCCUUUGGAGGGAACUUCUUACACAGCCUUAACAUCGAAAUGCAGCUCAAAGCCUAUGAGAUUGAAAAGCGGCUGAGCACAGCAGACCUCUUCAAGUUCCCCAAUUUUGAGACCAUCUGUUGGUAUGUGGGAAAGCACAUCCUGGACAUCUUUCGAGGUUUGCGAGAGAACAGGAGACACCCUGCCUCCUACCUGGUUCACGGUGGCAAAGCCCUGAACUUGGCCUUUAGAGCCUGGACAAAGAAAGAAGCUCUGCCAGACCACGAGGAUGAGAUCCCGGAGACAGUGCGGACUGUACAGCUCAUUAAAGAUCUGGCUAGGGAGAUCCGCCUGGUGGAACUCAACAUCACUGGUACCUGCUUGAAUGACUCAGACGAUGACUCGCCCGACUUGGACCUUGAUGGGAAUGAGGGCCCGCUGGCCCUAUUGAUGUCUAAUGGCAGUACCAAGAGGGUAAAGACCUUUUCCAAGUCUCGGCGAGCCAAGAUCAUGAAGAAGGCAGACAAGGCUAGGAUGGUGGCAGAACAGGUGAUGGAGGAUGAAUUUGGCUUGGAUUCAGAUGAUGAACUACAGAUUGACGAGAGACUGGGAAAGGAGAAGGCGACCUUGAUAAUAAGACCAAAAUUUCCCCGAAAGCUGCCCCGUGCAAAGCCUUGCUCUGACCCCAACAGAGUUCGUGAACCAGGAGAAGUUGAGUUUGACAUUGAGGAGGACUAUACAACAGAUGAGGACAUGGUAGAAGGUGUCGAAGGCAAGCUUGGGAAAGGGAGUGGAGCUGGUGGAAUUCUUGAUCUGCUCAAGGCCAGCAGGCAGGUGGGGGGACCUGACUAUGCUGCCCUCACUGAGGCCCCCGCCUCUCCCAGCACUCAGGAGGCCAUUCAGGGCAUGCUGUGCAUGGCCAACCUGCAGUCCUCAUCAUCCUCCCCAGCUACCUCCAGCCUGCAGGCCUGGUGGACCGGGGCACAGGACCGAAGCGGUGGGAGCUCCAGCAGUGGGCUGGGCACAGUGUCUGGCAGUCCUGCUUCCCAGCGCACCCCAGGGAAGCGGCCCAUCAAACGGCCAGCAUACUGGAGAACUGAGAGCGAUGAGGAGGAGGAGAAUGCCAGUCUGGAUGAACAGGACAGCUUGGGAGCAUGCUUCAAGGAUGCAGAGUAUAUUUACCCUUCUCUGGAGUCUGAUGAUGAUGACCCUGCUUUGAAAUCUCGACCCAAGAAAAAGAAGAAUUCAGAUGAUGCUCCAUGGAGUCCUAAAGCCCGUGUGACCCCAACUCUGCCAAAGCAGGACCGUCCUGUGCGUGAGGGGACCCGGGUAGCUUCUAUUGAGACAGGUUUGGCUGCAGCAGCUGCGAAGUUGGCCCAGCAGGAGCUACAGAAGGCCCAAAAGAAGAAAUAUAUCAAGAAGAAGCCUUUGUUGAAGGAAGUAGAACAGCCUCGCCCUCAAGAGUCCAAUCUCAGUGUGGCAGCACCAGCCCCAACUGUGACCACUGCACCCCAGCUUCUCACCUCCUCCUCACCUCUGCCUCCUCCUGAGCCUAAACAAGAGGCCCUCUCAGGAAGUCUUGCUGACCACGAGUAUACUGCUCGUCCCAAUGCCUUUGGCAUGGCCCAGGCAAACCGCAGCACCACACCAAUGGCCCCCGGUGUCUUCUUGACCCAGCGGCGCCCUUCAGUUGGCUCCCAGAGUAAUCAAGCAGGACAAGGAAAGCGUCCCAAAAAGGGCCUGGCCACAGCAAAGCAGAGACUCGGCCGUAUCCUGAAAAUCCACAGAAAUGGCAAACUGCUUCUGGCCUGGCCUCUGCCCUCUCUUGCCAAAUGCUUCAUGGAAAUAAAGAAGAGGGCCCAAGGUUUCCUUACUGCCCCACCGUGGGCCAAUUCCAGAGGUAGCCUAGAAAGGCCAUGGGCCGACUUCACUCAUCCUUGGGCAAAGGAGAGAUUCCUGGCAUUUCUCAAGGUGGGGAGAGGACCAAUGCCCAAGCCUUUGACCACAACUUUGUAGCCCAUCGGAGGAAGCUACUUUUGGUUGGCUAGAGAUGAAGCUCCCAUCCCAGGCUGAGCUCCAGGAAUUUGCCUGGAUUUUGAGGUCCUGCAGAACAUUAUCCGUGUGCCUGUGGCUGGGUUCCAGCAGGCGAGAAACCAUCUCCUGAAAGUCUGAAAGCACCUGCCACUGAAGCAGAUAGCCUGGGCUCUGAAGCCUGCUCCCUCCACCUGUACCACAGAGCACAGCUUGGACCUUCCAGGGAGGAUGUGGCAGGACCUCUGAGCCCUGGGCUCUCCAUCCGGAGCCUCCCUGCUUCUUUCUUCAUCUUAAUUCUUGAUCUGAAGACCUCAGAACUCACAUCUUCACUCCUGGGCUGCUGCACUCCCAGACGUCAGGUUAAUGCUCAAGCAGAGUGCAGAUGGCCACUCAGGAGCCGAAGCCUAGGAGAGGAGGCACUCAUCUGUAAAGGAGCAGACCAUUUGAUCCUCCCUUCCCCCUCUUCCCUUUGUGGAUGUCUCUAUCAUCUAGACAGUUACCACCCUUCUCCCUCCCUUUCCCCCAGUUCCCUCCACCUCCACCAGUCCUGCCUCCCUGGCAUCCUGGACUGGAUGGAGAAUGUCCCCCUCCCUCCAUUUUGGCACUGCCCACGUGGAGUGCAUCCUUACCCUCUACCCCACUCCAACCUCACCCCAGUUUGCCCAGUGCUUCUGGGGGAACUUAACAGCUACCAUGCAAGCCACAGGGAGUAUGUGAGACUUCCCUUGUUGUCUUUAUGUCUCCAGUUUGUCUUUUCUCCACAGCCCAUUAUCUAUUCUCCUUCCUUGGUAUCAGGGGUCCCUUAGACCCAUUUGCUUUUUCUAUCUUGGGGACCCCCGGGGCCAAGCAGUCCUCCAUCUAGUCACACCAAAGGCAAAAAGCCUGGCUACCUCCCCCCUAGCACGUGAGGUCCCCACUCCUCUCCUCUCUGUUUCUGCCCAGCUUUGCUUUUCUUGGGGAUUUCAAGGCAGCAGAGCAUAGUGAGGAGAGGGAAGGGGGGCAGCCUGUGUUCCUGUGUAGGCAACUGCCUGACUAGGCCCUGACUGCUUUAACCAAGACCAGGACCCUGGCCCUUCUGCCCAUUAACAACCCCCCUUGAUCUUUCAAAGGCAGCUAAUUGCUAGCAAAUCCCCCUAGUUCCAGGCUUCUUUCUGCUGUUCCUUCUUAGAAAUUUCUGUGGAGCUGAAACCCGACCUCCAUUCGAAUGGGUUUCCCUUAGUUUAGUUGGGCUCUCAGAGCUUCCUGUUUGUUGUUUUGUGUUUCUAAUGAAAAGCAAGUUUACCCUCAGAGUUAUGCUUUUCCAAAGAGGCUAGUGUGCUUUUUUUUUUUUUAAUGUUUCAGGUUCUAAGUGAAGUGAGUUGGGGAGGGGUUGGGAGUGGUUAGUAACCAAGGUUUAGAACAUGGUGAGAGAGUUACCUCUGGUCUCCAAUACCCAGCACAGAGCUGGGGGUAAGAUAGGGGGCAGGGAGAGAGGAUUUCUAUUCACCUUUAAUAUAUUUUUACAAAAAAGCAAACAAUUUAAAAACAAGCCCACCGCUUCUGUACAUGUCUAAAUAUAUUUUUAGAAGUGGGUAGGAUUGUGAAUUUCUGAUGCAGGGCCUUUUUAUAAACAGGUUAGAAUAGCAUCAUACAGACUUGUUUUUUUUCCCCUUGUUUUUUUCUUAUGUUGUGUUACUAAUGUAAUUUAUAUUUUUUUUUAGAUCCUCCCUUUCCUAUAGAGAUAAAAGUGAUUUAUCUUGGCAA